AUGAUCCGCUACGCGAAGGGUGCCUUUCAGACCCUGAUCUACUGGUGGGGCGGCAUCAACCGGCAUCUGAUCGUCAACUCCGUUUACUACUUGAUCUUUCUUGUGGUUUUAUGGUACGUGCAAACAAGAUAUCCGUUUUUGCAGGUCGACUCUUCCUCUAGCGGCAUAUCCAUGCUGGGUAGUCUGACGGUCUUUUUGCUGGUAUUUCGCAUGAACCAGUCCAUGGCCCGGAACAACGAAGCCACGCAGAGAACAGAUGAGAUGUUCGGAGAGCUGGACUUCUUGGUCCACUCUGUGUGCACGUUUAUGCAAGGUGCUGGAGAAGACUCGCUUCAGGAGUUGGUGAUGAAUUCCUCCCGACAGCGCUCUGAAGAGGAGAUCCGCCUCCUGCGGCAUUAUGGCGAGCUUGCCUCGGCAGUCCGCAUCCAUGUGGUAAGGCUGACCAUUGCCUUCGGUGUAAGCGUUCUCUUGUACUUCCGUGUGCUCUGUGCCCUGUCGGACGCGCAAGGAGUUUUAGAAGAGGAGGAUCUGGUGCAGAUCGUUUUCCUGCACUGCCGCCUGCAGGCCUUGCUGUAUGAGGAAGAAUUGGAAGUUGUGGAUCAGUAUGUGGGCAUCACUCGCGAGACAGAGGGAAGCUAUGAUGGCGAAGCGGAGUAUAGAGCCGAGGUUGGGCGAUUCCGAAUUGCCAGCCAAUGCGCAGGGCUGCUGAUGCGACCUCGAAAAGCGGGCGACACAGCAGAUGAGGACUGCGCAUUCGUGCCUCAGAGCUGUGACAUCGUACCGGCGUUGCCCAAGGUCAUCCUGAGCAUGCUGGCAGAGGUGUGUCACAUGCCCAUCGCACAGAAGUGGGGCUAUCCCGAGCGCGUGCUUAACCUGAUCGCCGAUAUCACCGGAGAUGCUCUGGACCAGCUGACCCACCUGGCGGGUCUUAUCAUGCGGCCCGUAUCCUUGGCGUACUACCAGCAUUGCCGCGUGAUUGUCGCAGUCUUCACCUUCAUGUGGCCGCUGGUACACAAAGUCAGCGAUGAUCUUGUCGGCAGCAUAUUUGACGGCAUCGUGUUUCCUUGGGUGGUCUACUGGGCAAUGUCUGGUCUGGAGAGGCUUGCGGAGAUGAUGGAGAACCCUGUGGGCGACGAUGACACUGACAUUGAUAUGAUGCAGCAGAUGCAUGAAUUGGAGGUUGGCCUGCAGCUCUCCUUCGAGCUAUCAGAGAUCCGCCGCAGCACGCUGCGCAGGACCCUGGCGAAGGGAUGUCCCAGCUGCCCUGAGGCGGCAAAGGCGAAAACCCCGCCGCUGGCACCUGCUGCCCACUUUGAGGAUUACUUCUGCUGGCUACCGUUGCCAUCGGCCAUCGCAGAAGGGAUGACCCUCAAGCACGGGCACGUCGACCACGUCCAUGCAGCCUUUUUCGAGGGUCACGCGACGGACUUGCGCAGUUUUCUGCGCAAGACAUUGCGCCGGCAGAGCGCGGGCCGCCGCAGCCCAUGCGAGGCCAUCCCCGAGGCUGCUGGGGCGGAGGAGCUCAAGGUGUACCCGGAGGCAGAGCUGGACAGCACAAUGGGCACGAUCCAGCGGGACACCAACGGCUUCUGGCACUACCUAGCCUUCCGCCCAGUGCUGAACAAGCCUGGGGCUGACGGUGAAAUCCGGCGUCAGGAACUUUGGCGAAAGCGGAUGGUUAACUUACUCGGCAAAGAGCAUCCAGCUGCGAAGCUGCUGGAAGCGACCGAGCAAACCGACUCCGCGAGGUCCGUGCUGUUGCAGCCGCUGAAGCCUCCGAAACCUCGCCGGCACCACGUGUCUGAGGCUGGCGUUGGGGCCUGGGACACACUCAAGUUGGAGUUGGAUCGAGUCACAGGAUUGUCAGGGCAAGAAAGGGUGAAAGGCCUGCGCGUGUCCCUUGAUACCGGCUACAUCUGUGGCAACACCUACGCAGUGGAGCCUUUCUACUUUGUCUUGCCCUGGCCUGACAUGAGCCUUGAGCACAGGCAUGAUGCUCCAACCCCCGCUGCCAUCAACAGCUUCCAUAGCAACACUGCCCGGAGCGGAAAUUUCAUCAGUUUGCCGGAGCAGGAUAUGGACUCGAACGAGCUGAACGAAGUGAGGACCUUUGUCCAGCGUUCUACCUUCUACCAGGGGAUGCACGCCCCCAUGGCUCGUUGGAACGUCUUGCUCUGCCUCUUCACUGCCGCUGCUGCCCUCAAUGUUGGACAUGAGCAACUGCGAAAGGAUGGCCCCCAGGACACCAGCUUUCUGAGCUGGGAGGCUUCCUCAAGCCUGCGCAACCAGCUCUACGUCCUGGCGGGGGUUUGCUGCUUUGCUUUGGCGGGAUCUCUGGUCUUCUUCUGGACCUCGACGCCGGGCUCAGACAGGAAGGAGGUGGACGAACCAGAAGCCGUCGAAGCUGCCGUCCCAGCCAAGAUCGAAGAGGACGCUGGUCCUUCAUUGGCAGACUAUGAGGACCUCGUGAAAUCAGUGCUGCAGCGCACGGCCGAUCACCUCGGACCAAAGGUGGCCAAGGGCGCGCAGGUGCAGAACAUUGUUAACGACAAGGUUGGCUCGCUUGCCGACAAGGCCAAGGCCUUCGUGAUGACGGAGCUUACCGACACGGUCGGCUCAGUGGCAACUGCAUUGCAGAUGGAGGAGUUCAUGGUGCUUGCGGAUGAUGAUGCAGCGGUUGCGGCCAGCUUCCCGCCCCUCUCAGUGCUCUUGGCUGGCCUGCUGGUGCCUGCCAAUCUGAGCUUGAACAUUACCUGCCACUUGCUGCAGAUCUUCAUCGUCCUCCUCCCAGUUCUGUGUGUGGUGGGCUACUCUGAGUAUGCUGACGCGGCCCACCCCUGCAAGUCCAUUCCUGGGCUCAGGCUCUGGGCCAGGACUGUCUUGGUGAUUGCUGCUCUGGUGACCAUCGCUCGUCUCGUGCUGGCCAUCAAGUGCUUGAUGGCGAAGUCCGCCAUUCGCCGCAAGAACGAGGAGAUGAAGGAGCAGCUCGCAAAGGCCACGGGAAGUGGCAGCUCCACAGGGAUCGAAGAGCUGAAGCAGCUCUUCCUUUUCUACGCCACUACACUGCAACAUGCCGUGGUCUGCGAGGGCAAUACACGUGUGGGCUUCUUCUCGCACAUUGUGGGCUUCGGCACCCUUCUGUGGCUGUUGACGACGUUCUUCAACACUUACCUCUACUUUGCGUACAUGUUUGUCCCGGGAGUCGUCGCAUUCCACGAAUCUGCCGCAGACGAGCCCAGCUACUGUGCUGCCUGGGUCACGGUCUGUGCUGCGAAGGUCUCCGUUCUGCUGGCCGUCCUCUUCUUCUUCGUGAACGUGAUGACUGUCUUCUGCUGGGCCUCCGAGACCGUGUUGAGCAUGGAAAGUGUGUCCUCCAAGAUCAUUGCCAAGGCGAAGGCUUUUGACAACGUGGGCCUUGGCCUCCCACUGGCGCAGCUGUUAGUGAAGGUGCUGCUCUUCCGCGGAUCUACGGACAUCCUCUGUGCCCGCCUGGCGGUCCACCUUCGCGAGAAAGAUGGUCUCUCGCAGGAGCUGGCCGAAACAGAGAGCCGCCUUGCGCAGCUGAAGGCAGAGAUGGAGGCCAAGGACAAGCAGGUGGAGGCGAUCAAAGCGGAGAUGAGCUCUGAGGGUGCAGGCCUUGAGGCUGCCAAGAGCCGCGGAGAGGAGGUCAUCCAGGCCGCCCGCGAAAAGGCGGCCGUACUGGACAAGCAGAUCGCCGAGGCGGCGGCCAACCCGGAGUCUCAGGACAUGUUGAACACGCUGAAGUCCAUGAUGGACAAGGCUUUUGAGGCUGCUGAUUCGGCAAAGGACCAGGCAAAACAAGCGGCGAGCCAGGCAGCUGCCACUGCUGGAGAGUAUGCAGCAGCAGCGGGGGAGUACCAAGCGGUAGCAGAGAAGUAUGCUGGCCAGGCGGCUUCUGCUGCUGGAGAAUACGCAGCCGCAGCAGGAGAAUACCAAGCGGUCGCUGAGAAGUAUGCUGGCCAGGCUGCGGCAGCUGCCAAGGAAGCUGCAAGUGGGCUUCAGGACAACGAGAAGGUCAAGAGCCUGGGUCAGAGCUUUGGUCGUUAG